AUGUUUUUCCUGACUCCAGUCCUGGUAGCAGUUGUCUGCAUUUUGAUCGUGUGGAUCUUUAAGAAUGGUGAUGGCAGCAGCAAGACACGGAAGGGGGAGCCCAGAGCCAGGGCCGAGGUUCGUCCCUGGGUGGAUGAGGACCUAAAAGACAAUACUGAUCUCCACCAAGGGGAAGAAGAUGCCAAUGACUGGCAAGAGUCAGAGGAAGAUGUCGAACAUAUUCCAUUCUCCCACACCCGGUAUCCUGAGAAGGAAAUGGUGAAGAGAUCCCAGGAAUUUUAUGCACUUCUCAGUAAAAGACGGUCUGUGAGAUUCAUAAGUAAUGAGGAAGUCCCCAUGGAAGUCAUUGAUAAUGUCAUCAAAACAGCAGGAACUGCCCCAAGUGGGGCCCACACGGAGCCCUGGACCUUUGUGGUUGUGAAGGACCUGGACGUGAAACAUAAGAUUCGGGAGAUCAUCGAGGAGGAGGAAGAAAUAAACUACUUGAAAAGGAUGGGACGCCAAUGGGUUACAGACCUGAAGAAACUAAGAACCAAUUGGGUUAAGGAGUACUUGGACACAGCACCUGUUUUGAUUCUGAUUUUCAAACAAGUACAUGGCGUUGCAGCAAGUGGCAAAAGAAAGGUCCACUACUACAAUGAGAUCAGUGUUUCCAUUGCUUGUGGCCUCCUUCUGGCUGCUCUUCAGAAUGCGGGACUGGUGACUGUCACCACCACACCUCUCAACUGUGGUCCCCGUCUGAGGGUGCUCCUGGGCCGCCCCACAAACGAAAAGUUGCUGAUGCUCCUCCCUGUGGGAUACGCCAGCAAAGAGGCCACGGUGCCCAACCUAACACGGAAGCCUGUGGAUCAGAUCAGGGUGACCGUGUAG